AUGGAUCUCACAGUCCAAGAACCGGCUCUUGUCAACCAGGAGAGGCUCGAGAGCAAACUCGGUGCGAGCGCUGUCGUGGAUGAAGACCCUGCUAUCUCCGACGACAUCGGCGACAACGGAAGACUUCAGAAUAGCAAGACGGAUGCUAAGGAGAAGGCGUUUGUGCGCAAACUAGAUUGUUAUAUCAUGUCGACUAUAUGCGCCAUGUAUUUCCUGAACUACGUCGACCGCAACGCCAUCUCGCAAGCCCGUCUGAACCAUCUCGAGAGCGAUCUCGGCAUGUCGGGCAACGAGUUCAAUACGGCAGUUAGCAUCCUCUUUGUCGGAUACGUCCUAAUGCAAGUCCCGAGCAAUAUGCUGAUUACGCGGAUCAAGCCUGGGCUCUACAUGUCCGGAUGCAUGUUUCUCUGGGCGGUCGUAUCCACCUGCACGGCUGCUGUUAAGAGCUAUGGUGCACUUGUCGCUUGCAGGUUCUUUCUUGGGAUUGCGGAAGCUCCGUUCUACCCCGGUGCUACGUACAUCUUUGCAAUUUAUUACACUCACAGCGAGAUGGCGGCGCGAGUCGGUCUCAUGUACUGCGGCCAACUUCUCGCUACCGGCGUCACGGGUCUCAUCUCAGCCGGUGUCUUCGCCGGGAUGGACGGGUUGCGAGGUCUUACCGGUUGGCAAUGGCUCUUCAUCAUCGAGGGCUCUCUGACGGCUCUCGUUGCGAUACUCGGGUUCUGGCUCCUACCGAACACGCCGGACGACACGUUUUGGCUGGACGACGAGGAGCGCGAGCUGAUACGGACGCGUAUAGAGCGCGACAAGAUAAGCGACGCCCUGGGAAAAUCUAGUGUCUGGGAAGGGUUUAAGCAGGCGUUUAAGGAUAAGAGGACAUGGCUCUUUUGCUUCAUGCAGAUGUUUCAUCUGUCGGCCUGUUCGUUCAAUGCCUUCUUCCCAAGCGUCGCAAAGACGCUUGGCUAUAAUAACACUGUAACGCUACUAUUGACGUGCCCCCCUUUCGUCCUUGCGGGAAUUGGCAGUGUCUUAGUCGGCUGGAGCUCCGGGAGACUGAAUGAGAGGACGUGGCAUAUAACAGUGACAUUAUCUAUUGCGAUUGUCGGGUUUGUUAUAGCAGCUAGUACGCUUGACACAGCGGCACGCUACGUCGCCUGCUUCAUCUUCCCCGUUGGUGCAUUUUCCGCCAACUCGGUUGUCGUCGGCUGGACGUCAUCAACGUUGAGCCAAACAGAGGAGAAAAGAGCGGUCGUCCUUGCGAUAACCAACGUCUUUGGUCAUAUCGGAUAUAUAUACGGCGCAUACUUGUGGCCCGAUAGCGAUGAGCCGCGAUAUGGGAUCGGAUUUGGUGCAUCUGCUGGCUUCGCUCUCCUCUCCAUCGGCUGUGCCUGGGUUGUCCGGAUGCUACUUAUUCAAGAAAAUAGGAAAAUGCGGGCUUCAUCUUUAGAGCGUGUCAAUUUGUAUAGUUACUGA